AUGAUUAUGGCCACGCUGCCCCGGCAGCUUCUCUUCCUGCUUCUUCUCGUCAUCUCGGUCAAAAUUUCAAUCUCGGCGGACUGCUACUACAUGAACCGGGAGAAAACGACUGAACUUACGCGAUGCAGCAACGAUGCAAAUCCCAAGAUCGAGAGCACCCUGUGCUGUAUGCCAGGGGACAGGUGCAUGGUCAACUCGCUCUGCCUACGUGAGAAAAAGGACGGUGAUAAGCACUACUACCGCGGCGGCUGCACCAUCAAAGACUGGAAGGGAAAGAGUCUCUAUGACUGCCCACCCAUACUUUGCAAACCCGCUAGGGUAGCUGGAAUGUACCCCUGCAAUACUUCGAAUCCGGACACAGGCUUUGUCUGUCAAGAGGCUUUUCCCGACGGUCCUCCUGACCAUUGCGACAGCUCCGUAACCUUUGAUGGUGGCUUAGAGAACUUCCUCGGCACCGCCAGCCCACUGCCAUCCCCGAGCACGUCAGUCAAAGAUUCGACGUCCGCUUCGAAGUCCUCUGAGACUGAGGGCAAAGGUGAUCCGGUAAAGACAUCCCAGGACACGGCCGACACGUCCCUGGCUCAUACAGCUACCCGACCGGCGCCGGACACCUCUGAUGUCCCUGUCACCACAACCGUGGCUGAGCCGACCGGCACGUCUAAUAUCUCGGUUUCGACAGCUUCAGGAGAGUCGACGGCUUCAGUAGAGUCAACUGCUGCACCACCCCCACCCUCAUCGGAAGAGCCCCAGCAGGACAACAGCGCCGUACCCGUCGGCGUUGGCAUAGGAGUCGGUCUCGCAGUUACCAUCGCGGGAGGGUUUCUCGUCUUCUUUUACAUCCGCAAGCGACAGCGGGAAGCGCCCAUCCGGGCCGAAACCCCUCCUCCGCUGGACCCCAGCAUCCAAAAGCCAGACAACAACUACUACCCGUUUGCUCCUUACCCUUCAGCAACUCAGCAGGGUUCCCUGUCAAGCCGAAAUGACGACUACUUCCGCCAGCCAAAAAUACCAAAUGUGAUGGAAACUGCGGCUGCCUCUCAGCAGGACAAUGUAUACCCGGGUCAGCCUCGAUACCAGCCACCCAAACGGACGUUCAGCCACGAGCUGCCGUGA